CCCCCUCCCCCCAGGUCUGGGUCAGCGCCCCUUCCCCUCCCCCCGGGCCGACGCGGAAACGCCCGGCUUUCCCCGGCUUCCCGGCCGGGCCGGGGCCCCCCGGUCUCCCCCUGGCUGGGUCCUCUUUGGGCGGGGCAGGGCCGGCCGGGGAGGGGGCGCGGGGCCUUUGUUAGGGAGCCAGGCCCCAGCCCCCGGGACAAUAGAGACACCCUCCCGGACUCCUUUCCCCGGCCGGUCCGGGCUCUGGGCUGGCGGCGACCGAGAGGGGUCGGGACGCGUCCCACUCUGCCUACUCUCUGGGGUUCGGUCUGUCCCGGCCCGCCGCCGGCCUUGGGCGGCUCGGCUCUCCUCCCCCCAGUCGGUAUGAUGCAGCAGCAGUGCCGCAAGGACGGGAGAAGAGCCGCGGCACGGCCUGCUACCCUUCCCAGUGCCCCUGGCUCAUUUGUCAGUCCCCACCCCACUCGAGGCCGGCAGCGUCUUAAACUCGUACCCACCGUUCAGUGGGGCCCCGAACUGUGGGCGCUGUUUCUGAAUCCUACGCCGUGUUGCCGCCCGCUGUGCUAUGAGCAGUCAGAGCGCCGUCUCCACAAGAGUUUACAAAUGAAAAUGGAGGAAAUGUCUUUGUCUGGCCUGGAUAACAGCAAACUAGAGGCCAUCGCUCAGGAGAUAUAUGCGGACCUGGUCGAGGAUUCUUGUUUGGGAUUCUGCUUUGAGGUACACUGGGCUGUCAAGUGCGGCUACUUCUUCCUGGAUGAUACAGAUCCUGAUAGCAUGAAGGAUUUUGAGAUCGUGGACCAGCCUGGGUUGGACAUCUUUGGACAGGUUUUCAACCAGUGGAAGAGCAAGGAGUGUGUUUGCCCCAAUUGCAGUCGCAGUAUUGCUGCGUCCCGCUUUGCCCCCCACCUGGAGAAGUGCCUGGGAAUGGGUCGGAACAGCAGCCGAAUCGCCAACCGUCGGAUUGCCAAUAGCAACAAUAUGAACAAGUCUGAGAGUGACCAAGAAGACAAUGAUGACAUCAAUGACAAUGACUGGUCCUAUGGCUCAGAGAAGAAAGCCAAGAAGAGAAAAUCAGACAAGCUAUGGUAUCUCCCAUUCCAGAACCCUAAUUCCCCUCGAAGAUCCAAGUCUUUAAAACACAAAAAUGGGUUCUCUGUCUGUACCUCUGCAUCAAACACCCUUCCCCUUCUUUUUUCUUCUUCAGGGGAACUUAGCAACUCCGAUCCUUUUAAGUAUAGCAACUCAACUGGGAUCAGCUAUGAGACCCUGGGGCCAGAAGAGCUACGGAGCCUGCUCACCACGCAAUGUGGAGUGAUUUCUGAACAUACCAAGAAGAUGUGCACAAGGUCACUACGCUGUCCCCAGCACACAGAUGAACAGAGGCGAACCGUACGGAUAUAUUUCCUUGGGCCCUCAGCCGUCCUUCCAGAGGUCGAGAGUUCCUUGGAUAAUGACAGCUUUGACAUGACUGACAGCCAGGCCCUCAUCAGCCGACUUCAGUGGGAUGGCUCUUCUGAUCUCUCACCUUCUGAUUCAGGCUCCUCCAAGACUAGCGAAAAUCAAGGAUGGGGUCUAGGUACCAACAGCUCUGAAUCACGGAAAACCAAGAAAAAGAAAUCCCAUCUGAGCUUGGUAGGGACUGCCUCCGGCCUGGGCUCCAACAAGAAGAAAAAGCCAAAGCCACCGGCUCCCCCAACGCCCAGCAUCUAUGAUGACAUCAACUGACUUGGGUGCAAGGGAUAGCCUUUGGCUGAGAGAGCCCUCUCUCCCGACCCCCACCCAGGCAGCAUAGCCUGGCAUAUGGACAGCUGCUGGGGGUUUGGGCUUGGGAAGCUUGGUGGGCCAGGCAGGCAGAGGAUCCAGUUAUGUGCCCCUGGGGGGUGUCAGGGUCCUCUGCAAUGAAGCAUGACCCCUCGGCGUGCAGGACUCAGACCUGGACAUAUUAUGCCUUGGACAUAAGUUUGGUGGGGAGGUGGUUUUCCUAUUUAUUCUGUGAGUUACUGGAUGUCCAGCUAGGCUGGGGGCCUGACAUGGGCACUGUGCCAGGGCACUGCCUGCUCCCCACCCCAGGAACUGGACUAAGCCCUGCCGAGGGGCAUUAUGGCUACCCAGGUGGCUUUGGUUUGGAAGCUGAGCCCAGAGGGGGCCUCCCCUGGCUGCCCUCAGCAAUGUGAAUGGGUCCGGUGCUUGGAGCUGAGGGGCAGGGCUGGUGUGUCCUGUCUGUGUGCAGAGUCCUAUCAGAUGUCCCCAGUCCCCGGGGUCAGCAGGCAGAGUGCUGUCUGCUGAGGUGGGCGUCCAGAACUGCCUCACAGGGGCAGCCCUUUCCCCUCAGUCCCCAUGGGCCUCCUUGGCAGCAGGAGCUGUCCUUUGUUGUUGGGUGCCAGGAAAGGGCCUCCAGCCUCUACAGCUUCAAGGAAUGGGAACGGGAGGGUAGGAAGAGGGAGCCUGUAUCAGAGUGGCCCCCUGCCCUCCCUGCCCCAGGGCUGUAAGGACAGCCCAGGUGAGAGGGACGGUGCUGCUUUAUUUGAAAUGUUUCUUACCUCAUUCCCUGCCCCAGGAAGGGGCCCAGCCUCACCCUCCUGGGGUGGCCCGUGUUCUCCCUUCCAUCCUGCCCCCCCCCUUGCCCUGCCCUGCUGGGGCAGCCUAAGUUCCCAGCUGCUGCUUGCCGCCCCUUCCACCUUGACCAGCUUUGGUUCCUCUCAGUGCUCCUGCCUCUAAAAGCCUGCCCUGUUCCCCUCCUCCCUUGCCGCUUUUAAGUUAUUUAUUCUGUACUUGUGGUUUGGGGCUCUGAGGAAAAACCCUAAUCUUGUGCCUCUCUCCCUUUGCUAGGAAUAGGGUGGGAUGAGAAGGUAGUCUCUGCCCUGGGUUGUCAGUGGAGGUUGGGGGGAUACUGUUGCCCCUCUGUGGGACUGUCAUGACUGUCAUGUCUGGCUUACAUCCUCAAGAGAUGUACUGUCACACCUCCCAAGUAGGUGGUAUCAUGCCUUGGAACUGAGCUGGAGUACCUGGGUAUGGGCUAGAAGAGUACAGCUGACUGACAGGGAUGGGAUUGACCCUGAGCCACGUUUUCUGGCACUUGCUAUACAUGUCCCCUCUCUUCCCAGGAGGAGCUACUCCCAUGUUGGGUAGCUAGUACCCAGGACUGGUUGGACUGAUUUGGUUAGGGACCCUAGAGGGUUAAGGGAACAACAGAGCUAGGGUUGCAGUACCCUGUCUGGAACCCCAGUCUCCCCCUGGGGUGGUUCUGAUUGUGGCUGAUGCCUGGUUACAAAUUGGUUUUUAACCCAAGCAUUGUGAUUAUUUUUUAAAAAGUCAAACCAAUUUUGGCAGGAGUUAGAAUAAAUCCUGGAGCCUGGGCUCCUCUGUCCUUGGCCCUCUACAGCCUUCUCCCUUGAGGGGGAAUCUAGAGGGGGAGAGAAGGUUCUCGGCUGCCCCCAAGCACAGUCUUGGGAGCCUGCUGAAGGUCGGGGGAAGCCAGCCCAGGCUGCCAUCCCUUUGGAGACUUAGCUGCAGCUCAAGCCAACUCACUCUGCUCUCCCACCUCUCCCUCCUCUGGUUGGAGGGAGUAGUUUGGGAACUGGUUUGUCCACAAAAACUUCCCUAUUGUUCCUUGGCUCACCCUCAGGGCAGAGCCCCCUGCCCAGGCUGGGUAAGAGAUGGGCUUGGUCCAGCAGGGACCCUGAGGGAACAAACCCCUUCCUUCUGGGGAGUAUGCCCCCCCCUACCAUGUAGUUGAGCAGGGGCUACGAACUCCCCACUCCCUCUAACAGCAGGCUGUGUGGGUAUCAAUUCCCAUCCUCCCCACCCUGGCUAGGUGUUGUCCACCUUGUAUCCUAUCAUGUGUCUGAGUGUGUGUGGGGGAUUCUGUACUAAUUUCCAUGGCCGGUGGCUUUUCCUUCCAUGCAUCACUCCCCCCCGCAUGCCCAGGGGCCACCCGCCUGGCAUUACCGCAUGCUGGGGUCAUUGGGGGAGGGGGGUGGGGCUCACGCUGUCCUGUGGUCUUGAGAUUUUUAUUUUUGCAUAUGUAAUCCAUCCUGUACAGGUAGCUAACUUUGUAAACGCUGUGUAUUCCCUCUGCCCCCAUGGCUGCUGGUGUAAAUAAACUGCAUCUCCCGUUGGUA